GUGAAAGUGACUGAGCCUGAAGCAAAAAAAAAAGAGAAGAUUAUUCUUCUGAUCUCCGUGGAGAGGAUCCUCGACGAGUCAAUCGCACCUUCUCUACUCCGGGCUUCCUCUUUCUUUAGACUAGGACAGGACCCGACAGACCACUGGAUCUUCUCUCUCUCUCUCUCUCGCUCUCUCUCUCUCUCUCUCUCCCUCUCCCUCCCCCUCUCUCUCUCAAGUGUAGAAAGUGCGAACGUCGUGUUCCAAGUGCUCGUGCAGACUGGCAGGGUCGUUGCCAUUACGCGACUGCUCCUGCUGUCAAAGUCAAAGCCAUAGUUCGAUCGAAUUGGAAUGGCUCCCUUUUGAUUUUUACAGGCCACUUCAUAUCGGUAAUACUGCAGGUCGUGUUUGAACCUCCUGAGACUGGUUGCUUGAUCAGGUAAGGUAUAGGAAGCACUCGUUUCCCUUCAACCGAAAGACACUGAAAGAAAAAGAAGGAUGGCGAAUCUGGGCAAUUUGGAGCAGCAGAUCUCGAGCCUGCAGAUCGGCGAUGAGGCGGCCAAGGGUGCUGCUAAGCCUGGCAAGAAGGUCGGACCCGCGGUGCCGCCGAAGCCGAAGAAGUCUCAACCUCAGAUACCGCAAAGUUACACCAUAAAGGCCCCACCUGUGCCAUCGUAUAGCACGGUCCUUAACAAUACUUCCAGCGACAAGACCUCGAACUUGUACAUGAAUGCACCCUCGCCGUACGUCCCGUUGGAUAUAAAGAAUGACUUUUCGCAGAUGACACCUGCGAACGGCAAGGAGGCGUCGAAGAUUUAUCAGAACAAUGAUAAUUUGUACGCUCGUCAGCCAGAGGAGAAAUUCGAGCCGAAGUACAGAUACGACGAGAAGAAUUAUUAUUCCAAUAUAGGGAACAUGCCAGCACCUCAGGUACCUGUGGCGGACGAUCGCGCGAACAGAGCGACCAGAAACGCAGUGUACAGCAACAUAGAACCACCGAUAGGCUCCGCAUACGAGUAUGUCCCAUACGAAAUGAAUAAGGAAAUUAUAUACAGCAACAUUCAGUGGAAUCCUAAAACGGAGAAUACAUAUUGUAACGUUCCUGCACAUGGGGCUGACGAUUUGCCACCACCGCCGGAGCCAUCAGAGUACGUUUCCUGCGUACCCGGGAAUUCAUUUCCACCGCCGCCCGACGAGCUGCCUCCGCCACCGAGUCCUGUUUCGUCGAGUUACAGCGAGUUGAGACGUGCUACUUACCAGACCGAUUUUCCAUCAGGCAACUAUCCCGCUGAUAUCUACGGCCCGAGUUCUCAGUCUAGCUCAACGUACGAAUCCAUAUACGAGCCGAUUAAUCCCAGACCACCAUCGCAAUUGUCAUGUAACUAUUCCAUGUACUCCGGCUACGGAUCGGCUACGUCUACUCAGCCGCAGGGCAAAGUGUCUCCCGUUAAAGAAGUCGACGUUCUUACGGAUCUGUUAGUUCAAGGAAUGGAGGAUAAUAAUGAAGACAGUGACAUAUAUGGCAUCUGUGCGCAAUGCGGGCGCAAAGUAGAGGGAGAAGGAACCGGAUGCUCGGCGAUGGAUAAAGUCUUUCACAUAAGUUGUUUCAGCUGCUUCGUAUGCAAGGUCAAUUUACAGGGGAAACCUUUUUACUCGUUGGAAGGUAAACCUUAUUGCGAGGAGGAUUAUCUCAAUACUCUGGAAAAGUGUUGCGUUUGCACCAGACCGAUACUGGACCGAAUAUUGAGAGCUACUGGCAAACCAUAUCAUCCCUCGUGCUUCACCUGCGUUGUCUGUGGACAAAGUCUCGAUGGUAUACCAUUCACUGUGGAUGCUACGAAUCAAAUACACUGUAUUCAGUGUUUCCACAAGAAAUUCGCUCCGCGUUGCUGCGUCUGUAAGCUGCCUAUAAUGCCCGAGCCUGGUCAGGAUGAAACCAUACGAGUGGUAGCACUAGAUCGCAGUUUCCACAUUCAAUGCUAUAAAUGCGAAGAUUGUGGAUUAGUAUUGUCAUCCGAUUCGGAGGGACAUGGUUGCUAUCCCCUGGACGAUCACAUCUUGUGUAAAAGUUGCAAUGCUACCCGUGUCCAAGCCUUAACGUCUCAUAUGACGACCGAAUUAUAAAUAUAUAGACGCGACAAGCUUAUAUAAUUUGUUGAAACUUCGGGAAUACGAAUGAAAUGUUAAAUCAAGUAUCGUUGUGAUUAACUGUAGCGAAAUAAGUACCGCUAUAUACACGGUAUUAUAUGUCCUUUUUUAUGCGUACACGAUUUUUCUAUUCCGCUUCUAUUCACGCCUCAUAUAUUCAAAACCGAUAUUUGCUAUCCCAUUAUAUUAACUUCUUCACUAAGUCGUGGAUAACCUUAUCCAGGAGAUUGUAUUCUGGAAGAUAUCUCUUGGAUAAAGUUAUCUAGACGUGAAGAAAUUGGGUAUAAAGAAAUUAUACUGUCCAUAUUUGGAUCGUUUUUAUAAUCUGGCACGAAAAGAAAACAAUUGUCAACGAUUAUUUAUAUUCUAAUGGGGGGGUUAUAACAUUAAUACAUUAGAAUUUCGCCACUGCCAUGACCGAAGCAUUUUUUCCGUACGUUACGAAACAAUGUUGGCAAAUUAAUAGUAGAUAUAAGUUUGACGUCCGAGGUAAUUUUCCUGCAGAUGUGAUUAUCAUUGUGAUUCUAGUAAAGUAUUCGAUGUAUCGUAAAGUAUUUAACGUGUAGUUUAUCGUCGACAGGAAUACCGCUUCGAUCCAUUUAUUUAGAGAUUAGAUAUUAGAUUCGGGAAGUAGGAUUAUUAUUGACAAUAUCGAUAUACCGGCGAGAAAGCGUGCCAUUUCUUCUUGUGAACGUAUCUUAAACGGAUCCUUGCAAGACUAUCGAGAAAGGAAAGAUAAACGCUCAAUCUCAAACUUAUGAUGCGAUUAAUUCCCAAACUUUUUCGCAUGGGUAAGACAUUACAUCGAGGAGAGACUUGUAUGAUCUCUGUAUUAUAGUAUCAAUAAAAAUACAGUUUGUUAUUUAUGGCCAAAGAGUAACACUUCGUUUUUGCCGACCGUUCUUGCCCAUCCGAUGAUUUUCACUACGCAUGUAGACACUGCACUUUUAGCCUGUAUUUACCGAAUGACAUCGGUUAUGAUCGAGCUUUGCAUGUUUCACUAUUUCAAUGAAAGUUGCUAUUAAUAUAUAUCGUUAUAUUACUAUUGUGAUUGUGUUAAUAGUUAUACACGGUGGCUCAAGCUACCGUACUUCCUUCCAGUUACAGAUUUUCUCAAGAAUUCGAAGUUUUUUCUUAGCAAAAAGUUCAAUUGCGAGCACGCAAUUUUUUUUACAAUAAUUUGUAAUAUUUAACAUUACCUACAUUGUUAUUUUGUUAGAGCUGCUUGAAAUUAAAUAAAGGAUGAGAGUUUCUUUGAAAA